GCGAAGUUCAAUUACACCCUCGACCAGUACAACCACCACGAGCCAACCACACGAAGACCACGAAGGGUGGCAAGCACGAUCGGUUUCAGGCGGGCUGUGGCGCAUCGACGAAGAGUCCUGUUCUGACACCAUGUCCGGCAGCAUGAGCUCUGCGACAUUCAACGCACAGAAGCAGACCAGCAUCACGAUCGUCGCCACCACAGCGCAACCACCAUCACAGCGCCGUUAUCAUUUCUCCUCUGCAACACAGCUGCUUCUGGCUUCACGCAGCAGCCAGCAGGCUUCACGCAACAGCGUGAGAGACUUGAAGCGAACUGAAACCCGCGUGGCCUCCAAGGCGUCCAUCAUAACGGAGGCAGCCACGCAGUUUGCAACCAUUACGCAGUUGCAAGUAUGCGCGCAGCAGCAAGGCGGCAGCAGCAGCAGCAGCAGCAGCAGCAGGGAAGAUGACGUGCUCCAUCUGCUGGAGAGAUGGGCCCUGAAUGAAGACAGUUCAGAGUACGUCAAAAUGCAGUGCGUGUUGCGAGAACUGGAAGAUGACUUGCAGGCCGCACAACAACAGCUUGCCGCUUUAAAGGCGGGACAUGACGAGAUCAGGGCGGUGCAUGCGCAGGCACAGGUGGAGAGGAUGAAGGCGGAGGUGGAGAGGGUGAAGCGCGAUGCCGAGCAAGUGAAGGAGGACGAAGACCUAUUCAAGAAACGCAUCAAUGACAAGAAAGGCGAGAUCGGCAAUGCACGGCAUGAAAGAUUGAGGGCAGAACUGACAGGACCCGGCAACGAAGAAGCGGUUGCAGCGGCGGAGACGAAGGUGAAAGAGAAAGAGCGGGAAUUGGCCGUGCUUGAGGAACAAAAGAAGAUAUGGCGCAAGCAGAUGGAGGAGGAGAGGAAGAACGGAGAGGAAGAGAGGAAGAAGUGGCAGCAACAGCAGCAGCAACACAAAGUGUGGGUGCGCGCGUUGACGACAUUGCUGCAGGCGGCAGGUGAGCCGCUGCCACACACCACAAGUGCCGAGCACCUGUGGACUGUGGUGUCGCAGGUGGUGGACGACGCCCUGGCGACAGCGUGGGAGGCCGGCCUUGUGCCCGCUGCUGGCCCGCCCCGACUGGCCACUAUCACUUUAUCUGCUCUCCAAGCUAUCGAGAAGCGCGUUGCGGAGAAGAAGAUCAGCUCACCUGCCGCGAUCAGAGACGAAUUCUUCUUCACGACGCCACCCAGCAGCAUCACCAAGCCCGAGAAGAACCCGUAUCUCGUCUACUGGCCGGACAAUGCCCAGUUCUUCACCGACAUAUGGCGAGAGCCACUCGCAAAACAGUUUGAGCUGAAGGCUGAUGACAUCACGCCGCAAGCAGUGAUUGCAAAGAUUCACGAAAUACCAGUGCUGGAGGUGUCCAGCAGCCGUGGGCCCCGCCCCAGGGGGCGCCAAGUGACGCUUGGCCUGCGACAAGGUCUGCCUUUGCCAAAAGCACUGCCAACAGGAUGGUCCAACGAAGCGGAGAUGUGCACCGAUAUCGCCGAGCACCUUCGCGCCACGGCUGCGCACCUCGACCCUGGUGUCACGUUCCCGAGUGAGGUCCCAAUCAUGACGUUCAAGCCAGGCACCCGCCCCAAAACAGACAUUGUGAUGGUGGACCGUCACACAAACACAAUAGCGGCCGUAUUUGAGCUCACGCUAGGCGAGGAUGCUGACUCGCUUGGCCAGUUGGCAGCGUACGCGCACCACGCGAUUGUGGCGAACGUGCACCGCAUUGCAGGCGAGCACCGGCAAAGUGUUGUAUGCACAAUUGCGCCCGUGCCUGUGCUCGUGUGUGGUGUGAUUCACAUGAUGCUGGUUGUGCUUAUCGCUGUGCUGUCAGCAGAGACACCGAAAGUGCUCAGUUCCGUCGCCAACAAAGGAAGCGGAUACGUGUGCAAGUUCAUCAAGACUGGGCACCGUGCUGGCGACUUGCGUGCUGAAGAGAUUGAAAACAUGUGGAAGUACGUCAACGGGCAACGCGCUUGCAGUCGCAUCCCCGCCACCAACAGCACCGCCACCACCAACAGCAAGAGCAGCACCACGAACACCGCCACCAGCAACAUCAUCAUCAGCAGUGGCAACGGCACGCAGAUGAUUGCGGUGCCCCACCUCGGGUCGACCCGCACUCACAUUCACGAACAGCACGUCGCGCAGCUCUGCAACAGCUUGUUUCUCCUGUCAGCGGCUGGUCUCGUUCACCAUGACAUUCGCUGUGCCAACGUGGUCGUGAGCGGCGACAAAGCCUCUCUGAUCGACUUCGAACUGUCUGGCUGCGACGCCGAUGUCAUGAAGGCAGCCAAACUCAAGCCGGCUGAGGUUGCUCUUCGUACGGACCUGCCUGAGCGGUCAGCACACAUCCGUGCAGCUGGUGACGAGCGAGUGAAACGCCACAUCGAGGAUGACUGGAUUGCCAUGUUCUACGUGUGCGUUCUCCGGUCUGCGCUCUACAAGAGGGCACCGCAGAUGGCACACAGGGCAACCAAGGACGCCAUGCUGGCCGCGUUGGAACAGCUCGAACAACAGCAGCAGCAGCAGCAGGGGAAGGGGAAGCAAGGGGAGAAGGAGAAGCAGCAGGGUCAUGUCGUGCUGGUCGGGAUGAACCCGCGCUGCCGCAGUCGACUGUUCUAUUGA